UGGAAGGUUACUUAGGACUCCUUGAUUUAGGAUAACAUCAGUUUCAUUUAGAAAUACAAUCUCUGCUAUUUCGGAGAUUCUCUAUUUGACAUACACAAUUCAACAUUGAUUAGGACUCUCACUCUUUUGAAUUUAAUUUAGUAUCUUUUCCUUCCUCUCCUCCCUAAACACUUCCAGUUAUAAAUAUAUAUACACAUAUAUGCUCUCCCAAUCUCACACUAAUUUGCAAAAUACAAUACAAUGAGGUUUUCAAGAGUUUCGGUUGUGCUUUUAUUUUUCACUGUCUGGUGUUUGGUUCAGCCACCAGCUUUUGCCAUAAAAAAGGCAUACGUGGUGUACCUGGGAUCCCAUGCUCAUGGUCCUCAAGUUUCUGAGGCUGACCUUCAUGCGGUUACCGAUUCUCAUUAUGAGUUUCUUGGGUCCUUUUUAGGAAGUCCUGACGAGGCCACAGACGCACUUAUUUACUCGUAUAGAAACCAAAUCAAUGGAUUUUCUGCAAUGCUUGAAGAGGAAGAGGCUGCUGAAAUUGCAAAGCACCCAAAAGUUGUGUCAGUUUUCUUGAACCAGGCAAAACAGCUGCACACAAUACAUUCAUGGGAAUUUAUGAUGCUGGAAAGGAAUGGCGGUGUCCAACCUAAAUCCUUAUGGAAGAAAGCUAAACUCGGUGAAGAUAUCAUCAUCGCUAAUCUUGAUACUGGUGUUUGGCCAGAAUCAAAGAGUUUUAGCGAUGAAGGAUACGGCCCAGUGUCAUCAAGGUGGAAAGGAUCAUGUGAGAAUACAACCAGCGCUGGAGUGCCUUGCAACAGGAAGCUUAUUGGAGCGAAAUCCUACAGCAGGGGUUAUAUUUCCUAUGUUGGUUCUCUUAAUUCGUCUCUGAACAAUGCUCGUGACCAUGAAGGACAUGGAAGUCACACUCUAUCAACAGCUGGUGGUAACUUUGUUCCUGGAACCAAUGUGUAUGGGUUGGCGAAUGUAACUCCUAAAGGUGGUUCUCCUAAAGCUAGAGUGGCUUCUUACAAGGUGUGCUGGCCAGCAGUGAAUAACACUGGAGGGUGCUUUGAUUCUGAUAUGAUGAAAGCAUUCGACGAUGCCAUUCAUGAUGGGGUUGAUGUGCUUUCAGUGUCUGUUGGUGGUGAUCCUAUUGAUUACUUCAACGAUGGUAUUGCAAUAGGUUCAUUUCACGCUGUCAAGAAGGGUGUUGUAGUUGUCUGCUCUGCAGGAAAUUCUGGACCGACACCUGGAACUGUCUCCAAUGUUGCCCCUUGGAUUAUAACUGUUGGAGCAAGCACCUUGGAUCGGGAGUUCCAAACUUUUGUUGAACUCCACAAUGGGCGACGCCUUAAGGGCACAAGUCUUUCCAAAGGUAUGCCUGAAAGUAAACUGUAUCCCCUUAUUAGCGGAGCCCAGGGUAAAGCUGCUAGUGCAUUUGAAAAGGACGCUGAGCUAUGUAAACCUGGAUCAUUGGAUCCUAAGAAGGUAAAGGGUAAGAUCUUAGCUUGCCUGAGAGGGGAUAAUGCAAGAGUUGAUAAGGGUAGGCAAGCUGCUGAGGCUGGUGCAGCUGGGAUGAUUCUUUGCAAUGAUAAGGCAAGUGGUAAUGAAGUCAUUGCUGAUCCUCAUGUUCUUCCAGCUUCACAUCUCAACUAUGCAGAUGGCCUUGCCGUCCUCACCUACAUUAACACUUCCAGUAAUCCUCUGGCAUAUAUUACGACCCCGACCGCAGCGACUGGCGUAAAGCCUGCUCCAUUCAUGGCUGCAUUUUCCUCUAUAGGGCCAAAUACUGUUACACCUGAGAUCCUCAAGCCUGAUAUUACUGCCCCAGGAGUAAAUAUUAUAGCGGCCUUCACAGAAGCAACAAGCCCUACUGAUCUAGAGUUUGAUAAGCGCAGGGUUCCUUACACAACUAUGUCGGGUACAUCUAUGUCUUGCCCUCAUGUUUCAGGAGUUGCCGGCCUUCUUAAAAAACUCCACCCUGACUGGAGUCCUGCUGCAAUUAGAUCAGCACUCACUACUACUGCAAGAUCAAGGGAUAACACUGUGCAUCCAAUGCUUGAUGGAUCAACUUUUGAAAAAUCCACACCAUUCAGCCAUGGUUCUGGACAUAUAAGACCAAACCGUGCCAUGGAUCCAGGAUUGGUCUAUGACUUGGGCGUCAAUGAUUACUUGGACUUCCUUUGCGCCCUCGGCUACAACGAAACCUCAAUUAAAGCUUUGAAUGACGGUGAACCUUAUGAAUGUCCUAAAUCAGCUAGUCUUCUCGAUUUCAACUACCCUUCAAUGACAGUCCCUAAAUUGCGUGGCUCAGUUACUGCCACUAGAAAAUUGAAGAAUGUUGGUUCACCAGGAAAGUAUCAAGUCGUUGUCAAACAACCCUACGGAAUCUCAGUUUCUGUUGAGCCUAGGGCUUUGACAUUUGACAAGAUUGGAGAAGAGAAGAGCUUUAAGGUGACAUUCAGAGCUAAGUGGGAAGGUGCUGCUAAGGACUAUGAAUUCGGAGGGCUAACAUGGACUGAUGGUUCCCAUUAUGUGAGGAGUCCUAUUGUAGUGAGGAGUGCUGUGUAGAUAUA